AUGAACAGUACGUCAAUUGUAAAGAGUUUCACUCGCUGUAGUUAAAAGUAAUCUGCGAUAUGGACAUGCAGUUCACUUAUGUAUUUUGUGGUUAUCCUGGUUCUGUCCAUGAUACAAGGGUUUUUAGAAAUUCGCCCUUUUUCCAGGGAGCUGAAGCAAACCCAGACAUGUUGUUUUCAAGAAAUACCCACCUGAUCGGUAACUCUGCUUACCCUUUAAAGACCUUGGUACUUACCUCAUAUCGAGGCAAUGACCGACUCACUAGAAGACAGAAAAGAUAUAACUUUGUUCACAGCUCAACUAAAAUGGUAAUGGAAAGCCCUUGGUCUCUUAAAAGGUAGGUUUAGGAGGCUUAAGACACAAAUGGCAGUUGACAAAAUUGAGGAUGCCCCAGUGAUGAUUGUGGCUGCCUGUGUAUUGCAUAACAUUUGCUUAAUGGAUGAUGAGGAUGACAUUGAAGACCUAAUGGAUAAUAACAGUAAUGAUGAUGAUCAUGAUAAUGACAAUUACAACAAUGGAGAUGCUGAAGAUAAGAGGAAUCAAGUCAUAAGAAAUUUACCUUGA